GAGGUCACGGUGUCCUUCCGCACGUGUUUCUCUGAGAGAUCAGUGAGGUUGCGUCGUACUCAGCAUCAGGAUUGAACCGAACUCAACUGCAGUCAUGUUGAAGUCUUUGAGCCGCGCCGUUCAGCUCGCAGCCCGUUUAUCCACCAGAACCACGCCGGGUCCGGUCACACCUGCGGUCCGAUCCGCUUUAUAUCCCAGCAGAACCUUCACCAGAUCCAUCUGGAUGAUGAGCAGCAGCGGAUCCAGGCCGAGACUGCUGACAUCCACCGGGUUUCUGCCAUCAACGUCCUGCGGCUGCGGAUCUCUGCACACUGAAGGUGAUAAAGCAUUUGCAGAGUUUCUCACGGAUGAAAUCAAAGAAGAAAAGAAAAUUCAAAAGAAACAGACUCUUCCUAAAAUGUCCGGUGGCUGGGAGCUGGAAUUAAACGGGACUGAAGCCAAACUAAUCCGAUUAAUCUCUGGAGAAAAAGUCACCGUAACGUUUAAUGUGAACAACAGCAUCCCACCUCAGCUGGAAGAGGAGGAGCCAGAACAGAGUCAGAAAGCACAAGAGAACGAGCCUGACAUUGUCUCGACACCUAACUUUGUAGUGGAGGUGACUAAACAGGGGGCCAAAAAUUCAUUAGUGUUCGACUGUCAUUUCCCUGAAGAUGAGCUCUUUGUCUCUGAACAGAGCGCUCAUGGUGAUGGCGAGGAGGAAAGUGACAUCUUUGCCAUCCGUGAGGUCAGUUUCCAACCGGAUGGAGACGUGGAGUGGAAAGAAACCAGUUACACACUUAACACAGACUCACUGGACUGGGCGUUAUAUGAUCAUCUGAUUGACUUCUUGUCUGACCGUGGUGUUGACAACGCGUUUGCUGAUGAACUGAUUGAGCUGAGCACAGCGCUAGAACAUCAGGAGUACAUCAAGUUCCUGGAAGACCUCAGCAGUUUCGUCAAAUGCAAAUAAUUCAUUCAGUCUAGAUUUAUUUAAUCUUUUCGUGAUAUUUCCGGUUAAUGCAGGACUCUAAUGUGACAACACAAUAAAGACAAACACAGAAACAUUUUGUAUUUAAUUUUAUAUUAUUUUUCCAAGUCAUGUAAACAGGUUAGAGUUUUAUUGUUGCAGAGGUUUACAAUUUACAUUCAAUAAAAACACAUUACUACUAAAGAUAUCAAUAAAACAGAGAAAAACACGA